CCGGCCUGGCCAUGGCGGCCCCCCGCCCGUCUCCCGCGAUCUCCGUCUCGGUCUCGGCUCCGGCUUUUUACGCCCCGCAGAAGAAGUUCGGCCCGGUAGUGGCCCCAAAGCCCAAAGUGAAUCCUUUCCGGCCCGGGGACAGCGAGGCUCUCCCGGCCGCCGGGGCCCAGCGCGCACAGAUGGGCCGGGUGGGCGAGAUCCCCCCGCCGCCCCCGGAAGACCUUCCCUUACCGCCCCCGCCCCUCCUUGGGGAUGGCGACGAAGCGGAGGGCUCCCUGGGAGGUGCCUUCCCACCUCCUCCUCCCCCGAUCGAGGAGCCAUUUCCCCUUGCACCUCUGGAGGAGGAGAUCUUUCCUUCCCCGCCGCCUCCGCUGGAGGACGAGGGAGGGUCUGAGGCCCCCGUCCCGCUCCCACCACAGCCCAGGGAGAAGGUGAGCAGUAUUGAUCUGGAGAUAGACUCGUUGUCGUCACUGCUGGAUGACAUGACCAAGAAUGAUCCCUUCAAAGCCCGGGUGUCAUCUGGAUACGUACCCCCACCCGUCUCCACUCCGUUCAUUUCCAAGACCAGUACUAAGCCUGCAGCUGGGGGCGCAGCACCAGUGCCUCCUUGGAAGACCCCUUCCAGCUCCAAGCCUGUGCCCCCAGCUCAGGCUCAGCCUCCCAGCCAGGCACAGUUCCAUGUGCAGCCCCAGGCCCAGGCCCAGGCCCAGGCCCAGGCCAAGCCUCAGGUCCAGCUCCACGUCCAGCCCCAGCCUCAGCCUGUGCCUUUGGCGAACAGUCAGCCCCGAGGUCCCCCAGCCCCAUCUCCAGCCCCUAAGUUUUCUCCAGUGACUCCCAAGUUUACUCCUGUGGCUUCCAAGUUCAGCCCUGGAGCCCCAGGUGGACCUGGGUCACAGCCCAAUCAAAAGUUAGGGCCCCCUCAAGCUCCCUCUUCCACUGGCGCAGGCUCCCCUCAGCCCCCCAGCUUCACCUACGCUCAGCAGAGGGAGAAGCCCCGAGUGCAGGAGAAGCAGCACCCAGUGCCCCCGCCGGCUCAAAACCAAAACCAGGUGCGCUCCCCGGGGGGCCCAGGACCUCUGACUCUGAAAGAGGUGGAGGAGCUGGAGCACCUGACCCAGCAGCUGAUGCAGGACAUGGAACAUCCUCAGAGGCAGAACGUGGCCGUCAGCGAGUCCUGCGGCCGGUGUCACCAGCCCCUGGCACGUGCGCAGCCCGCGGUUCGCGCUCUGGGGCAGCUGUUCCACAUCACCUGCUUCACCUGCCACCAGUGUGAGCAGCAGCUGCAAGGACAGCAGUUCUACAGCCUGGAGGGGGCGCCAUACUGCGAGGGCUGCUAUACUGACACCCUGGAGAAGUGCAACACCUGUGGGCAGCCCAUCACUGACCGCAUGCUGAGGGCCACGGGCAAAGCCUACCACCCACAGUGCUUCACCUGUGUGGUCUGUGCCUGCCCCCUGGAGGGCACCUCCUUCAUCGUGGACCAGGCCAAUCGGCCGCACUGCGUCCCCGACUACCACAAGCAGUACGCGCCCAGGUGCUCGGUGUGCGCGGAGCCCAUCAUGCCCGAGCCUGGCCGCGAGGAGACUGUGCGCGUGGUCGCUCUGGACAAGAACUUCCACAUGAAGUGCUACAAGUGUGAGGACUGUGGGAAGGCACUGUCCAUUGAGGCGGAUGACAACGGCUGCUUCCCCCUGGACGGCCAUGUGCUCUGCCGGAGGUGCCACACUGCCCGGGCCCAGACCUGAGUGGGGACCGCGCCCCACCCCCUCCACUGCGGACCACCCCACUGAGACCGCCUGGCCCGCCACUUGCUCUUCCCCCUCUUGUUUUUGAUGUCUCGCCCGUCCUUCCACCCAGUAUCCCAGCGCCCCAGAAGGCCCUGGGUUUCCAGUCUAACCCUCUCCUGCAGGGACCGCCCACCAUCCUCCAGGUACCCCACCUGAGGGGGUGCUGCUGCUUGCGCUGCUGCACCGAUGCCCCGGCUGGCCCCGAGCAGCCUCUCCUCUGCUUGCUGAGGGCCCGGAGCGCCCUGACCUGUGGGGAGGCCGGGCCGGGCCGGGCCGGGCCGAGCUGGCCUGGACAUUCCUACCCGCCCCUGUGCUGCCAGGUUGUGGCUAUAGCUACAAAUAAAACACCUUGUUUUCCAGAA